ACGCGAUCCAAGACAUCGGCAGGCUACCAAGUGUAACGAGCCGGUCCAGAGCACUCGCCGAUGGAAGUCGCGCUCGUUGGCGGGGCCAUGCAGGUUGUAUGCGCUAUAAUCAACAACGUACUUGGGAAGAAGAAAGGAGAUGACAAUUCGACGGAGGUAGAACUGCAGCAACAGCUCCUGGAAAUGAAACAGAAGGUGUUCGCGCUCGAAACGGAGCUGGCCGAGCUGCAUCACAAGAUGGAACGAGACGAACGAGAAGCGCGACAACGGCGGCUCAAGCGAACAGUCGAGACGUUGCAACUGCAGAUUCGAAAGGACAAGCUCGACCGACGAGACAUGUCGGCCCUCAUGGCGCUCUCAUCUGUCGUCCAUCGUGUAAACUACGCCUGGAUCGGCUGUGUCGUAUGCUUCUGGUAUAUUGUCGGUCUUAGCUUGGACUUUAGCAGCCGCUACGUAUUCCACGAAUAAGCACGCGUGUGAGAGUGCAUGGUAGUCAAUGAAAUUAUGACAACCGCCUCACGCCUUGGCUUUGCAUCAAUGCUGGUGGUUCGUGCCUAGGGAAAGCUAAAAGGUAGACUGGAC